AUGGCCGCAAGAGAAUGCAGAAAAACGUGUGGAUAUUGCGGAGGUGCUCGCAACAACUUGGAAACAGUCACUUCAUCGAAUUCAUCAUUUGAAGACGAAGAAGGCGAAGUGAUGGACCGUAACCAAACAUCCACCUCCGAAUCAAUUGAUGAUCGCUUGCAUAACACUCCGACCGAAGCAACCAAAACCGAGCAAAAAGAAAGACGAAAAAGAAAGCGAACCGAAGCUCCCAGAAAAAGAGGAAGAAAAGGACGAUGUAAGUUAAAAUGGAUGAAAUUUAAAUGA